AUGCAUGAAGAUGCAACUCUAGAGGAUCGUUCUGGGCAAAUUUCGAUAAUUCAGAAGGCAAUCGAGUCUGCUACUCCUAACUUAGAAGAUGCGAAGAAGCAAUUAAAAAAUAAAGUUGUUCAAUUGAGUGGGUUACAGGACAGGAUUAAGAGAGCCUCAAAGAGGUAUAGCGAGCAUCAAGGAUCAGCACACACAGCAUUGGAUCAGGCGAAUACCACACAGCUUCGCGUCGGAAAGAGCACCGAUAAGGUGAACGAGAUUUUCCGCACCUUCGAAGCCAAAUUGGGACGGUCUCGACGAUUGGCUGCACGAGCUCGCUCUCUGCUUGAUCUCAAUUACGCCGCUGCAGCCUAUAAUCCAGUACCGGUGCACUUUCCUUCGUUCCGUUGUGUCUACACCAUGGUGCCAUAUCAGGCAAGUAAGUCGCGCGUCUUUGACAUCUCCUUCUGGUUCCGGCCGCGAAAAAUCGCCUCUGACUCCCUGUCGGACGGGCGCGUUCUGCUGGUUGGUCGACGCGCCUUUGUUGGCCGAACGCAAAUGUUCGCGUUUACUCUCGAGCCGAACAACAUGGUUCGUUUUUCCUGGAACGUUGCCGGCGGCGAGAUCGAGUUGGGGCCGGUGGUCAACGACCGCUGGUACAGCCUGCGGGCCACCUCAAUUGCCGGGGAAACUCGCUUCUUCAUGCAGAACCUUCAGCAACAGCAGCCGUCUGUUGACACUUUGAUGUCUCGAGUCUCGAGUGCUGGACACGACGACCCUGAAACAGCGUUGCUGAUCGACAGACUGUUGGAGAUUCGCGUUGGGGGUCCGCACCAACAGGGCGAGGUGGUGAGCACCGAACAAUGGGGAGCCAACGGAGCUGAAGCGUUGUGGGAGCGCCUGAUCAAGAUGGCCAACAACCAUGGCGCUUGCAUCGCCAACUUACGCAUUCAGGGCAGGUCGAUGGGCUUGGUCAAUUUUGCUCGUGCCAGUAUGGACGGAUGCAGUAAACCCUCGAAAUUCUCCUGUCAAUACCAUAUUGAUUGGCGUGAGUUGGCUAGGAACGGUUAUAUCUGGCAAGAGUUGACGCCGACUGAGGGCGUCAAUCGGCGACGGCGUCCUCUAAUUGAGAACUAUGAUCGUCAAGAUCCUAACCUGGCCGCGCUUAUUUUCUUCGAUUUUGCCGGAGGCAACGGCUACGCUCGUCUUGGCCGCACGAACAAUUGGGUUUACUGUGGGCCUAAGAAGUUACAAUUUUAUUUGGCCCCGUUGCCGGCUAGCCGAGGCCGACGAAUGGCAAUGACGUUCUUCAGUUUUGACAGGGUUCGGCUUCUAAAUCUAUAUUUUUCUUAA